GGUGUGUGGCGCAGUGAACGAGCGAGCGUCUUCGAUGAAUAACUGUGUUUAGCUUAGUUAAAAAUAGACGAACGAUGGCUUUGCUAGUCGUGCCUCAGGUCUAACAAAGUGCAUUCGUCAAAUACAAUUGAAUGUUUGGGCAAAGGUUCUGAUUGGCUGGGAAUGUUGUUAAUUUGACAACAGCCACGGCUGCAUCCACCUUCACUCGAGCCUUGUUACGUGUCGCCGACGUGAUUACGCGAGAUAUAUUUACUUAUGAUCACAUAUGGACGUGUAUGUGUUUGUGUAUUUAUGGACAGUUGUGCGUUCUCGUGAGAAACGAGUUUAUAUUGGUUAGAAAAGUGCCGUCUCCUUACCGUUCACUAUCCCCUCGCUGCCCUCUCUCUCAAUCUAUCUCUCUCGCACUCCUUCGGCAUCUCGAGCGCGCGAGCUGAUUGCAUUCUAACGGUAAAACGAGUACGACUCUGACAACUGGCCCCGGCUUGGCCUGUGCUGUGCAGUGCUAYGCUGUGCUGUGCUGUGUUGUUGUUAUUCUUAUGGCCUAUUGCAGCAUCUACAGCAAACAGCAAUAGCAGCAACAACAACAACAAUUGCAACCGUAACUAAGUAGCAUAAGAAGUUUUGCGCGUUCGCUUUGUGCUAAUCUUCUCAAUUUAUGUUUCUUGUUCUUCGAUGACGCUGCAAAGUGCACGAAAGCCAACUUUUCCAAUCACAAAACAAAUACAUGCAUACCUGAAGAGUGUAUGUGUGCAUGUGUGUGCGUGCGUGUGUGUAUAGACUUUUUGAGUACAUUGUGUGUGUUGAAUUGGCCCAAUUUGGAUUCGUGUCAUUUUGCUCGCAUUUGCUCCAAAUUGGAUUUCGUUUUUGGCCUAGAAGUGUGAACGGAAUAAAGCUAAACGAGCGACAGCUCCACGCACCACUCACAGAUGGCGCCCAGCGUAUGCGAUAAGUCGCCCAAAUUGCCGCCACAUAAUGCAGCACCAGCACCAGCACCGGCAACGGCAACGGCAACGGCAACGGCUACCGGUGCCGCUGCUGGCCAGGCUCAGGCCUCAAUACCAGCCUCGUCCAGCGGGUCGGGCACAAAUAAGUAUGGAGCCAACAGCGUGAACGGUUCGUUGGCCUCCUACAAGAUGGCCGGCUCGGAGCAGAGCUGGCCGCAGGCGCCCGUCUACAGCAAGGAGAAUCAACGGCCGCCCGUCUACAAUCCCGAGGACUAUGUUCUCUCCUUGCGCAAGUUCACCAAGGGCAGCUCGUCUGGCUCGGCCAAGCCUCAAUCCAUCUACGAUGUGAACAUCAAUGGCCAACUCCAAGCGGCCGGCAAGGAAGAUGCCUACAAGUCCGCCACGCUGCCAGCCAAGCACUCCGGCUACAAGAGUCCCAUUCCGGCGCCGCCUGAGAGCGACAGUGAGAUGUCCCUGCGCCAGUUUGGCUCCAUAACCGAUCUACUGACCAAGCUGCGAGCCGAUCUUAGGGUGUCCUUCCCCAGCUUCGUGCAGGAGUUUGUGACCACGCCCUCGGAUGGCAUUAGCCAUUUGCUGGAGGUGCUGCGUGCCAUUCAGAUGGCGCAGGCGAGCAAUGCGCCCGCCCCACAGGCAGCUGGCACCAAUUCGCUGGCCAUGUCGCGCAAUCCGCAGAGCUAUCAGCGCCGAGCCUUGCUCGACGAGCUCUCCUGCCUACAAUGCCUGAGCAUUUGCUGUUCCCGCUCCUUGGAUGCCAUCGCCCGCUUGGGCACCACACCGGUGGGUCUCAUGCCACUCGCCUCCUCGGCCACGGGACAAGGCAUACGUGGACGCAUCCUGGCUCUGCAGCUGCUCGCCGCUGCCUGCGAUCGGCAGCCGUUCGGUCAGGGCAAUGGUGGGCAGAAGAUCAGCGCCGCUGGCCACACCGCCGUCUCGGAGGCGAUGUCCACGCUGCGACUGCGCUGCAGCGAGCCCGUGCGCUUCCGGCUGCUCAUCGGCAUCCUCAACAGCGGCGGUGGCUCGGGAGAACUUCAGUGCGCUGGCAUCAAAUUCCUCAACACAUUCAUCGAGAGCGCCGUCAGCCUGCAGCAGCGCUUGUACAUCCAAGCGGAGCUCUGCCAGGCUGGUCUAGAGACCAGCACGUUGGCCAGAACCAUAUCCUCCUCCUCGCCCUGGCUGGAUGCGCUGCGGGCCGAGAUCAAACGCUUCAAUGAGCUGCACAUCGACGUGGACAAGAUGAUGGCUCAGGCGCGCGAUGCCGAUCGAGUGCGCAGCCAGAUGGUGAUCUUGGAGCGUCGAGUCCAGAUCUUGCAUGAGGAGAAGGCCGUGCUCACAUCGAUGGAGCGACGCCUGCAGGAGCGCUGCGCAGAGCUGCAGCGCGAGAUCUUUCGGCUGCAGGGCGCACAGGAGUCGAACUUCAAGCCCGUGGAGGCGCAUCAGCCUGUCGCACUGCCACGCCAGGUGCCGCCCACCUCGAAGACAGCAGCGGGCAGCAAACAGAGCUGCUCGGAGCACGAGGACGAGGGCAUCAGCAGCAGCGAAACGGGCGCCUCUCUCAGUCCUGUGCCCAUACUGGUGCUGCCCUCCAAGUCCAAGCAUCACAAGCAGUCGCGCAAGGCUACGGCGCGCAAGGGCGAGGAGGACGACGAGGACGCCGCUACCAUAGAGGAUGUCAUCGAGGAGCUGGACAACAUAGUGAGCGAGGCAGAGAAGCAAAUUUCCAGCCAGACCCCAACAGCCAAGUCGGGCCAGACUGCCCACACCAGGCAACAGCAACAGGCACAGCAGAAGCAGCAGCAGCAUCAGCAGCGCAGACUCGAACAGGAGCAGGACAUUGUGCCGGUUAACAUUGUGCCACAGCCGCCACGCAAGUCCCGAUCCUUGGCUCACCUAGUGCCGCGCACGGACUGCUCCGAGCCAGAGGACUCGCAAUAUGGCAUGCUCAUACCAGCGGAUACGACGGCCGUCGAGCGUCUGGCUGCCAUGCAGACGUUCUUCGAUGAGGUGGACUACGACAGCACGGACAGGGAACUGGAGCUGGAGCGGUCCUACGCACUGGACGCGCCCUCGACCGAAAUGCCCGAGGCGGAGCCAAGCGCCGCCGCAACGGCCUACAAUGCGAGCACCAAUCGGGAGCUACUGGAUGUCAUAAUGAAUGCGCGGCACGACGACAACGAUCCAACAAUGCUGGCAUUGAGGAACAGCAGCCAGGAGACGGUGCAGCACGAGCGACAGCAGUCGAGCAAGACGCCAGCACCGACGCCGCCCGCGCAGCAUUUUAACGGUGUCUUCUUUAUGACUGGCAUGAAUACGCCCCAAAAGUAUCCAAAGCCCGAUCUCACCGCCGCACUGCAAGCACGCCGAGUGACCAAGAAUGUGGAGCGGCUCGAGGCAGCCUUCGCCGAUGGCCAGGCCCACAACAACGAGGGAAACAAUGUGCGCGAGAAGUCGCGAAGCAAUCAACAGAUCUAUUUCAGCAGCAAUCCGGCAAUGCGCUGCUCGGUGCUCGACUACCCGGGAUCGGGUCAGCUCACUGGCCAGAUCUCUGCUCGCACGCGCUCCUACACGCAGGGCUCCAAGGUGACGGACCUACCCUCGGGCUUGUACUGAAGCCCCACCACCUCGUCCAGAUACUCCUGUGCUCCUGUGCAAUACAAACGAAUAGCUCCUAGGCUAACGAUAUAUACUCGUCUAUACAUAAGUCUUAUUUUUUCCAUUCACUUUUCGUUGAUUGCUAGAGGAUAAUAUAGGUCUUCAUAUUUCGUAGCAUAGAUUGGGUGGCAGCUUCAAUCGGGUACCUUACUCUUAAGUCAUUCCCUAUGUCUAGAUUACGG